GUGUGUUUAUGCCUGGGGAAGACUCCCUCCUUGCCCGGCGCCCACACGGAGGGCUGAGCAAAGGGCGGACAGCGGGCUCUAGACCCUUGGGUCUCUUAUAACUGGAGGGAGGGAGCUGCCCGCUGGAGUGAACCCCCGGUGUGGUUGUAAAGGUCCAAAUACUAGCCUAAACAGACCCCAGGUCUUGGAGAGCUGGGGCACAAACUGGCCGCAACUGUUCUCCUCCGAGGAGCGAAGAGCAAAGCCGAAGUCUGAGAGCAUGCGCUGCCGCUCACUCUCGUUACUUGUUCCAACACAACCGGACACUUACAGGGCGAGUGUGUGCCCCCCUUUGCCCAACUUCAAACUGGGGUGAGAGCGCAGCCUAAUUCCCCAAGCUGGCUCUCCAGGCAGUCGGAUCAUUUAUGCAGAGAGCACGCUUCUCUGAAAGGCUUAAUUCUCCCAGGAUUAUCAGUUACUAACCUAAACCUUUUAGUUCAUUCUUAUUAUUUUUUUACUUUAAGUACAUUCAUUUGCGUUAAAAUAGGCGACCGGGACCACACCCUAGCACAGCCUUUCCAAAUGCGCAAGUGAUGAGAGGGUUUUCAGAGUACAUUGGAGGCAACUAUUUUAUUUUCUAAUAGUUAAAAAUAAAAAGUCGUGCCGCCUCGGCACUGGUGGGGCCGAUUGGACCCUUACCCCCUAGUCCACAAAUACCAGCCCGCAUGCACUCACCCAGGGCACUUUCUCUCUGGCCUUCAGUGCGGGCGCGCACAUCCAAAGCUGGGAAGCAGAAGGCGACGUGGGAGGCGGGUCCGAGCUCCCGCUACAGCGAAUUCGCAAUUUCUCCGCUUUCAGAGCUGGGGCCAGGGGCUCUGGGAAAAAUCCAUAUGUCCUCUCACCCUGGCCCAGGGCAAGGAGGGUGAGGAGGCUGAACGCCUGGUAGGUUGCGCUCUCGGCUCCCCAUCCGUACUCCAGGGACGACUCCCGCCCCCACCCCAGCCCUGGGUCCCCCGGCAGUGGUGUUUCCACUUUCAGUCGGCAGAUUUCACCCUCCACUCAGGACCUUCGCCCUUGGGGAACAGUCUGAGAUGACACCCAGGAGGUGAGGGGCAAGGGAUUUCCGUAGGGGCGACCGGCGUGCCGGAGUCGUGACUGAAUACCGAGAUGGAACCCAGAGUACCUGUGCGUGGCUCCAGGGCCACUUAUUUUGGUCUUGGUUGCGCGCCACCCUCCCCCCCCCCCCGGCGUGUUGAGUUGGCUCGGGCUGGGGGCAGGUAGGGAUGCCGUGUGGGGUCCCCAGUGCCUUCCAGGACUACCCGGUAAUGGGGCAAUAUUGGGUAAUGGACUGCGCGCAUCGGAGCGUCUUCUCACGUCGUGGCCACUUGGGGUCGCACUUUAUGCCUGUUUGAGCCUCUCGGCGGCCCGCCGACGCUGGGAUCUGCUUAAUGGUUACAAAACGUUCAAACAAAAACAGGGCCGAUUCUCCUGCGCGGAGAGCCACUGUCCCGUGCACGCCACAGCCGGGUGGCUCGGACCGGAUCGCGCAGCUUUCCGUGCGUCUGACUGGGGAAAGGGAUUCUGAUCGAGUUAAAAAUUGGUGGCCAAUCAUCGUGGGCAUCUGGGGGUGGGGGACGGGGAGGCCCGUGGAGGAGUCCUAAGGUAGGACGCGUACUCGCUGGGAAGGAACCUUUCUGGCACGAGAAAGCUCCCGGGGAAGGCUGAGUUCGGUCUGAACCCAACUCUGGGAGUCCCAGCCCUUCUCUUCCCCGCCCCCCACCCCUAACAUUCAAAUAAUGUGCAGACCUGCAGAGACCCAGGCAGGCACCGCAUACAUUCCUGCAGCCCGCAGUCUGGAGAGGACACCGAGAGCAGUCGCCCACUUGGGCGGGGGCCGCUUGGGAACAAAGGGCCCGGGAGAGAGGCGUCAGCCCGGCGAUCAGUCGGAGCCUCCUGGUGGAUGACACGGGCUGAGGAUAGGAGUGCAAAGGGUAGUGAGAGGGGUGGGGGUGCGGGGUGGAAACGGGGACUUGGCCCGGAGGUGGGGUGCGCACGGAAGGCGAGCUUGUGGGAGCCAGAACCCGGAGGGUGUGGGGGGUUGGGCCCGGGCCGGCAGCCCCACUGGCUCCAGCCCUCUGCCAGGCCUCGCUGGCUCCGGGGCUGCUCCGGCCGCUCGUCAGCUGACGCAGGGGGCGGGGGAGCUGUCAGACACGCCCCGCCCAGCGCCACCGGGCCGCCAGGGCCGGGCAGCUAUUGGCCAGAGCGCUGGGCUGCCUGGGCCCCCGCGCCCCAGUGACAUCAGGAAGGCGAUAAAAGGCUGCGGCAGCUCGCGACCCAGCACAGCUGCACCGCUGGGCUGCGAGCGGCUGCGAGCGAGAAAAGCACUAGAGCCAAGGGAGCUAGAGAGAGCGAGCAGCGGGCGUCCGCCCCGCGCCUCCCGGCCGCCCCACCGUGCGCCUCGCUUGCUGCUCCUCCGCCCGGCUUGGCUUGACCUGACUUGAUCCCCGCCCGGCCACAGCCCUGAGCUCUGGGGCAUCGCAGGCAGCCUCGGGACUCUCCAGCGCGCCGCCGCGUCCCCAGACAAAGGCUUGGCCAGCGUCCCCGGCCCGCUACGCCCUCCGAUCUCCCGCCUCCCCGGGCUCUCUCUGCUCUUCGCCCCCGCGCUUGGCUCGGUGCGCUCCGGCCGGCCGAGCAAAGUUUUCCCCCCUGCGGCAGCUGCGACGGAGGAGCCUCGCGUUAGCGAUGGCCGCGGAGCUGAGCAUGGGGCCAGAGCUGCCCACCAGCCCGCUGGCCAUGGAGUACGUGAAUGAUUUCGACCUGCUCAAGUUCGACGUGAAGAAGGAGCCCCUGGGGCGCGCGGAGCGUCCCGGCCGGCCCUGCACGCGCCUGCAGCCAGCUGGCUCCGUGUCAUCCACACCGCUCAGCACACCCUGUAGCUCGGUGCCCUCGUCGCCCAGCUUCAGCCCCACUGAACAGAAAACCCAUCUCGAGGACCUGUACUGGAUGGCGAGCAGCUACCAGCAGAUGAACCCCGAGGCGCUCAACCUGACGCCCGAGGACGCGGUGGAGGCGCUCAUCGGCUCGCACCCAGUGCCUCAACCUCUGCAGACCUUCGAUGGUUUCCGUGGCGCUCACCACCACCACCAUCACCACCACCCUCACCCGCACCACGGGUACCCCGGCGCCGGAGUGGCCCACGACGAGCUGGGUCCGCACGCGCACCCGCACCAUCACCACCAUCACCAAGCGUCUCCGCCGCCGUCCAGCGCCGCCAGCCCGGCGCAACAGCUGCCCACCAGCCACCCCGGGCCCGGGCCGCAUGCAGCGGCCGCAGCCACAGCAGCGGGUGGUAACGGUAGCGUGGAGGACCGCUUCUCCGACGACCAGCUUGUGUCCAUGUCAGUGCGUGAGCUGAACCGCCACCUGCGGGGCUUCACCAAGGACGAGGUGAUCCGCCUGAAGCAGAAGCGGCGGACCCUGAAGAACCGGGGCUACGCCCAGUCGUGCAGGUAUAAACGCGUCCAGCAGAAACACCACCUGGAGAACGAGAAGACGCAGCUCAUUCAGCAGGUGGAGCAGCUUAAGCAGGAGGUGUCCAGGCUGGCCCGCGAGAGAGACGCCUACAAGGUCAAGUGCGAGAAACUCGCCAACUCCGGCUUCAGGGAGGCGGGCUCCACCAGCGACAGCCCCUCCUCUCCCGAGUUCUUUCUGUGAGUCGUGGCGGGUCCCGGCCCCCCACCCCCACCCCUUGCCCUGUCCCGGACUCCCUGCCCUCUUGUGUCCCCAGCCCUGGACUCCCCUGGACCUUGUCCCCGCCAUGGCUCCAACUUUGACCUGUUUGACUUCAGGGAGAGGGAGGAAGGACGCUCGGGCCGCGGGCGACCGACAAGAGCGCAGGGCGGGCAGGGGACCUUGGCUAAGGCGAGAGUCGCGCACGCCAGCGCCACCUCCUAGACUCGGGCACAGCCAGACCAGGGGGUGGGAGGUCCCGGAGCAACUUUUCUCCAAGCUGGCUGGCGGCGCAGGCAGCACAGUACCAAGGAGUUUGCCAAGGCCGCCUAGAGACUCCUGGCUUUCUGAACUUUGUGCCAAGGGCUGCUGUUUCCGCAGUCCGGAGCUCAGUCGCUCCAAGGAAGAGAGCAGAGGAGAGGAGAGGGACCCAGGAGUCCCGGCAGGCACAAAGCAAGGCUGAGCGAAAAGGGAGGAAGAACAGACGGAGCUGUCUGUCCGGAGUCCGGAGAACACUGGCUCUCAGCCCGGGAGACGCGGGUCUCAGGACGUUUGGCGCUCGCCGCGCAAAUCUCAUCCAUUUUAUUGCCUGCUCGAUUAUAUAGAAAAAAUACGAAAAUCUGCAUUAAAAUAUUAAUCCUGCAUGCUGGACAUGUAUGGUAAUAAUUUCUAUUUUGUACCAUUUUUCUUGUUUAACUUUAGCAUGUUGUUUGUUGAUCAUGUCAUAACCCCCUUGUUUCUUUGAGUGAGAAGGGAAUCGCAGUUCUGAAACUCCGGAGGCUGCCAGCCGGGGUUUCAAUCCUGGUCCGGCUUGUAAAUAUCCGCUUGCCUCAUAGAACAUGGCAGCAAGCUGAGUGUCUGUUUGGGUUUUAUUAUUAUGGCAUUUUUUUGUUUGUAAGGUUUUUUUUAAGAACAAAGAAAGAAACGUUGUAGGCAUUUAGCAUCACGAAACAUCUUUGUCUUGGAGGGGUGCCCUGAAAAGUUAAGUGUUUUCUUCCCCUCUGUGUCCGUGUUGGGUCCCCCUUUUUCCUCUCCUGCUUUAUUAUUAUUAUUUUUUUAAAUUCUGUUGGUGUUGAAAGAAAGCAAGUUCAAACAGUUGCACACAAUUCCACACCAUAGAGACCAGAGUUUGUGUCCUCUAUCUGCCUUGUCUGGUGGUCACAUUCACACCCAUCAUAAGUAGAGGGAAGGAAAACAGAUCUUUGCUUUACAUUGUAGUAGCCAGAAUUAUUUCAGGACAGCACCUCCCCCCCCUCCCGAAAUCCUCCAGGCACACAUUCAUCCCAGAGGCCGAGCGUCCCUCCUGUGAGAGAGUCCACUCUUCCGCUGACACUGGUCAACAACAAUCAGAGCUCACACCACGUCAACUGCCAUGCUCAGAAUGUACCAGAAAGCCAAACACGGGCUGCAAUUCUGCAGCUUUCAAGUGCGUUCUGUAGACCAAUGCAUUCAUUAUGUGUUUCUUUCCCUGCUUUUGAGAUAGCAGGAAGAGUUAAUUAGUGAUAUUUCCCCCUCCUCCCCGCCCCAACCCCUUCAGCUAUAUAGUGCUUAUAGGGAAGAUCUGGGUGUUUUAUUUCUUAUUACUUUUUUUUUUCCUGCAGGUCAGUAAAAGGAUUUAAGUUGCACUGACAAAAAAAAAAUGUAUUUUUUAGUUCCCAUUUGAAAUUGCUGGCGCUGCUGGCCAGAUGCAUUUUAUUUUUGAGUUUGUAUUAGUUGAUAAAUUAACAGUAAUAACAAGAUUGUAUGAACCGCAUGGUGCUUGCAGUUUUAAAUAUUGUGGAUAUUUGUCCUGCAUCAGAAACGAGCUUUGGUUUUUUACAGAUUCAACUGUGUUGAAAUCAAACUUGCCGCAACAGAAAUUGUUUUUAUUUCAUGUAAAAUAAGGGAUCAAUUUCAAACCCUGCUUAUGAUAUGAAAAUAUUAAAACCUAGUCUAUUGUAGUUUUAA